AGAUGUAUAAAUAUAACUGCAAAUCAUCAUGCAAAGGUGAGUUUCUGAGAGAGGCUGGAGUUCUUUCUGAGAAAAGGUGGAAGAAGAGUAAUUUGGAGGAAGAGCCAAAUUGAGUUUCCAAAGGAUUAGUUAUGGCAACAAAUGUAGUUCCUGAAUUAUUGACAGAGCAUAAUUAUGCUAACUGGAGUGCUUGCAUUAAAAAUUAUUUGUUGGCCAAUGAUCUAUAGGACAUGAUAGAAGUACACAUUGAACCUCCUAGUCAAGAAGAGGCUGAAGCUGAAUUUAAAAUUUGAAGGAAAAAGAAUGCAACUGCUUUACAUGUAAUUCAAAAUUCUUGCACAUCAGAACAACUUUCUCAGAUCAGAAAAAUCGACUCCGCUAAAGUUUGUUGGGAUACUUUGGCAAAAAUGCACGAGAAGGAAGAAGUGGCAGAUGAAGUUUCAGGAGAGGAUCAAUACGAAAGUUUUCUACCUCUAUGCAAAGCUAUAGAGAAAGGAGAUUUGAACAUUGUUACAAAAUUUCUUGAAGCUCAUCCAGAUGCAAUAAACAAAAAGAUAGCAUUAGGCGGUCUAACAGCUCUUCAUCUUGCAACUAUAAGUGGCAAAGUAAACAUUGCAGAGGAGCUAAUUAACUUAAUGUCAAUAGAAGGCUUAGAAAUACUUGAUGACGAUGGCAACACUGCUUUGUGUUUUGCUGCUGGUACUGGAUCUAUGAGGAUCGUGGAUUUGCUAUUAACAAAGAACAAUAAAUUGGUUACUAUACCAGUAAGUGUAUCUCUACCGGUCAAGAUUGCAUGUCAAAAAGGCUUCAAAGAGCUGACCUGGUUUUUAUACUCCAAAACUCCAUUUGAAUUGCUACUUCCGGCAAAUGGUACAUUAGGAGCUGAGCUUCUCCGCGCCUCUUUUUUCAGCAAAAUGUUUGACUUUUCACUGGAUCUGAUUCAGCGUUGCCCAAGAUUAGCCGUGACAAGAACCAUUCAUAAGACUACCCCUUUGAUUGAAUUAUCAAACAUGCCUGAAUUAUUUCCCAGCAGCAAUCGUUUAUCCUUCUGGAAACUACGAAUAUACUCUGGUAUUCAAGUGCAAUUACCUGUUUUUCCUACUGAUGUUCGAAUAACAAUCGAGCAAAAUGACAAAAUGAAUCAGGGCAACAUUUUACUACGAGUAUUUGCAGGGCUCCAAAGUCUAGGCUCAAGUGUCAAAGACAUAUUUGGAUUGAAGCAAAUUUAUGAUCUGAAGUUGACACACAUCUAUGCUCUCCAAGUUAUACGUUGUAUAUUUGAAGGCAAUUCGAUUACAAAACAUCAAGAUAUCAUAGAAAAAGGAAUAGAUGAAGCCUUAUUUACUGCUACUGAAAAGGGGAUAGUUGAAAUUGUUAUUGAGAUACUAAAAGCUAAUCCUUCUAUCAUCACAACUCCAAACAUCAAAUUAAGAGGCAUAAUUGCAUGUGCUAUUGAAUAUCGACAAGAAAAAGUUUUCAGCAUUAUAUAUGCAGUUGGAAAAUGGAAGGGUUUGCUGAUUAAUUCACCUGACGAGGAUAGAAAUAGCUCGUUACAUAUGGCAGGAAUGUUAGCACCUGCACACAGACUUGCUCAUAUUUCAAGUCCAGCUUUGCAAAUGCAAAGAGAGCUACAAUGGUAUAAGGAGGUAGAAAGUAUUGUGGAUCCUGCAUUAAAACAAUAUGUCAAUAAAGAAAAGUAUAACCCUAGCCAAUUGUUUACAAAAAGCCACAAGGAAUUAAAGGAGGAAGGAGAAAAAUGGAUGAAAGGAAUUGCUACAUCUUCUACAGUCGUAGGUGCUCUUAUUAUUACAAUUAUGUUUACAACCGCAUUUACUGUUCCCGGUGGCAACUUUCAAGAUACUGGAUUUCCAAUAUUUUUACAUAAGAAAGCAUUCAAGGUUUUCAUAGUGGCUGAUGCAAUUUCUCUAUUUGCCUCCUCAACUUCUUGA